AGAGUGAGACCCUGUCUCAAAAAAAAAAAAAAAAAAAGAAAGAAAGAAAGAAAAAAAGGUAUCAGUCCCUGUAUUUAGGGCUCAUCUUAAUUCAAUAUGACCUCAUCUUAAUUACAUCUAUAAAGACCCUAUUUCCAAAUAAGCCCACGUUCUGACAUUCUGGGGGGCCAUGGAUUUCUGGGGGUUGUUAUCCAACCCAGUGUACAAGGCAGUACACAUUUAUUGAUUGCAUGAAUGAAUGAUAAUGCUCUGGGCCCCGGCAAGUCUCAGCCUGGAGAACUGAGUCUGCAUGCCUGCGUAGAAUCAACAACAACAUGCACUUCAGUGGAAUUUGGGAAGGGUCAGGGUCUGUGUUGAUAGAAAUGGAAAAAUCCUCCAAGUGCCUCACCCUCUCUUAAAAGACUCCUCAAGACGGCUUUGCUGUUCUACCCUCUACAGAGUGUUUUUAAUAUGUCUAUUUAAAUGCAAAUUUUGACUUUCUGUCUGUAAUCAUAUAAAAUGUUUGGCACUAAAAUUUUAAUCAGGAAUGUAAUUUUAUAUAGAGGCGGUAAUGGAGUGGUAGGCCACACAUAACAGAAUGAAGCUUCCCCGGCGUGCAUUCCCAGACUAUGGAAGCGCUGGCCUCCCUGCUCCCAGCUGAGCCGGGAAAACCAUGCCCGCUCCAAGAGGUGCUUCUCAAAGAUGAUUCCUGAUCCCAGGCAUGUCCUGUGUCCUGUCACCAAUCCUGGUGCUUCAUCGUCCUUUAAAAUCCAAACAGGGUGAUCAAGUGUUCUUCCUCUGCGUCCUCUGGUCUUCUAGCAUCCUGGAUAGGCCGCGUACGUUUAGAAAGAGGGGCUCUACCCUGCCCCUGCCUAAGAUGAUGGCUCAUUUAUCAAGACCAGGCUGGAGGCUCAGCCACCAGAGCUUCUGUUGUUUGGGAGGAAGGCUGCCAGCAGCAGAUGUUUGUCCUCGCCUCAGCUCCCUGCAGCCUUUGAGCUCCAUCUGCCGCACACUCAGGCACAGCUGCCAGUGCUUCCCCUCCGUGCUCACCUUUCACCUCUCAUGGAGGCCGGGGCUUCAUGCAUCUGGGCCCAACAGAGAGACGGUGACCCAGACCCUGCGACCCUGGUGCCACGAUCCUUCCCAACAGCUUGCUGGGCGUCUUUCUGCACUAGCCUGUCAGCAUGCUGGAAGCAGCACCAAUGGAGGUUGUUGAGCAGGGUUGCAAUUGCAGCCCGUCACUUUGGUCUUGGUGUUCCAUCUUGUUAGGGCAAGAGAGUCAGAGCACACACAGCCAUCUCCUGGCUGGAUCAUCUGGUGGAGUGGGAGUGUGCACAUGCCCACCCCCCUGCAUUUCUAAAUAAGAUAUGCAUUGUCUCAGGGCCUUUGCAAAGUCCACUCCCUAGUCCUCAAUGCUGUUCCCCGUUGGUCAUCCCAGAGCUCAGCUCAAAUGUCACCCUUUAGAGGGGCAGCUGUUGGUCUUCCCAGUUAAAGCAUAUGCCAACCCCCUCAUCACUCAUGGUCUCAACAACCUCUUUAUUUUCCUUAUUGCUAUUAUCUUCAUCUGUAAUUCUCAUCUUUAUAAUGUCUCUUGAAUGGUUCUUUAGGAGGAUUACUCUUCCUAGAGUGUGCAAAACGGAUUGCAGGGAUGGUGAGAGGUGGGUGGAAAUGUUGGAAAGGGGACAAGGGUGGAAUUGGUAGCGCUGAUCUUGCUGAGAGAGGAUUGGCCCUGGAAAAAGAAAGUAGCAAUGGAGCAGGAAGUAAUUAGACAGAGAAGAGAGCUCUUGACGUGGGAGGUGAGGAGAAUCGGUGAUUGUGAUUGUGUGUUAGGACUGAGGAAGGAGGAGGAGGAUGCCCAGCUUUCUAAACUGGGUAUUUGAGUGGAUGGGGGUGACUUGCCGAAAAUAAAGAAUGAUUUGAGAAGAAAGAUGCUGUGCUCAUCUUGGAAAAGUUGAGUUUUGGGCCCCUGUAGAAGACCCAGCUGAGAUUUGCAGAUAUGUAUCAAAUGGAUAAUUCAUCAGAGAAGCAAUGCUACUCCAAACCAUGAGAGUGAAUGGUGCUUCCCUGGGAGAGAGGCAGGAUAAAAAAAUAAGGUGGCCCCAAAUUAGGAUGGCCACACAUCCCAGUUAGCCAGGAUAUUCCUGCCUUAUACCUGUUGUUCCACCAUCAUUUCUAACAACCCCCUCACUUUCACUUUUAUGUGUCUCAGUAAACUAUAUUGUCACCCUACCCAUGUGAGAAGGUUGGGGAAAUUCAGAGUUCAUAGGAGGGCAUAAGAACCCCUGAAAAAAAACUGAGCGUGAGAAGAGGGGUAGAAAGAAAAACCAGGGUAGUGUUGGGUAAUGUAUGCCAAGGGUUGAAAAUUGACAAGAGAAGAAUAAUUCAUGUCAAAUGGGUCACAGAGGUGAAGUCAUGCAAGUAUGAAAAGCUGUGCAUUGGAUUUAGCUACAAAAAAAAAAAGUCUUUAUGACCUUGUAAUCAUGAUGGUGGAAAUAUGACAGAGACAGGUGGCUUUGAGGAGAAAAUCGUUGAUGAGAAAGUAGAGACAGUCAGUUCCACUAAGCUUUGCUAUGCAAGAAGGGGGAUAUGUUAGAGGAGUUUGCAGACAUGGGCCUGACAGAACAAGAGAAGGUUCAUGGGACGGGAGGCAUUUGAGCGUGCCUUAGUCCUGGAGAGGGGCCUGAUGGAGAAAGCUUCAGGAGAGGGGGUGUCCACAUGAUAGAGCAGUGUUCCCAAGGGAGAGAGCAGAUGCAGGAAGGGACACCUUCCCUGUUAACAGGCAAGAAAGAGCAAGUUUUGGUGGAAGGAAGUCCGUAGGCUUUAUGGCGGGGAUUUGCAAAGAGUAGCAUUUAUUUUCUCCUCUGAGGUAGGAGGCAUCUGAGAGGUGGGGGAGGUUGAAGAUGGGAGGAAAGUAGACAGUUGCUUUAAAUAGCCACAUGGAAAAUGGGAGAAGGAAUUGGCUCAUUCAGAAGACUUUUAUUGGGUGCCUUCUGUGCUCCAAGCCCUGGGAAUCAACUAGUGAAGAAAACAAUCCAAUGGGACUGAUGUUCUCCUUGGUAAGAGAACAGUGACGGUAAUGGAGGCAGCAAAGGGAACAUUGGAGGCUGAAGACCCCUCCCCAACUUAUAAUGAUGUGGCUGUGAGUGGUGAAUGGUAGGGAUUUUUUUUUUUGUUUGUUUUGCUAGAACUCAGCAGCUUGGGUCUAGACACAGAGAAAAUGGACAACUUAUGGUCUAGAGAUGGCAGCACAGAAAGGAAGGUGAGUUGAAGUUCUGGGGGGGAUAAUAAAUGGCAGGUAAAGUUAUGGAUCGUUUGAUCAAAUCUCGGUGUGAAAUAAAGAGCAUACUUAGGAUAUGUCUUUCGUUUUUUCUUUUUUUGCUCUGACAUGCGUUGCUAUCAUGAGUGUCCUUGAACGCAUCUCUUUGCGGGCAUACAAAACCAUUUCUCUAAAAUAGGUGGUAAGUAUAGGAACACUGGGUCCAAAGGAGAACACAUAAUCAAUUUAGGUAAAUAUUGCCAAAUUGUCUGUUGCACGUUCUUCACCAGUUUGUGCUGCCAUCAGCAGCGCCCAAAGUGCCUCCUUCCCUUCACAUACCCUUGUCAACAUGGGCCAGUAUCUUUCUGAGUUUUACAAAGUGGAGGAACAAACCAAAGGUCCUCAUAUUUUUCUGUGCGUUCUGGUGAUUACUUGUCUUGGCGAGUAUCUUCUUUUUUAAAUAAUCUUCCUGGGAGACUUGCGGUAUGCAGUGAUGACUAUGGAAGUAUUUUAGGGGGCAGGUCAGAGAGGGGAUGCCUGUCAGGUUGGGGCAAGGGGAUUUGGGAAGUUUUUGGAGGAAAUCAAAUGGGAGACAGUAGAAUUUAUCUGAGAGCUGGAGAAGAAGGGAUAAAUCCUAGAGACAUUUUUAUUUUUGUUGUAUUUUAUUUUUACAGAUUUAGGGUGUAUAAGUACAAAUUUCUCAUAUGCAUAUAUUGCAUACUGAUGAGGUCUAAGCAUUUAGUGUACCCAUCACUGGAAUAGUGAACAUGGUACCCAAAAGGUAAUUUUUCAACCCUCA